UGCUCACACUCCAGGUGUUGCAGCUGACCUCAGCCAUAUUGAGACAAGAGCAAACGUUAAAGGCUUCUUGGGACCUGAGCAGUUGCCAGAAUGUUUGAAGGGCUGUAACGUUGUAGUUAUUCCUGCAGGAGUCCCUAGGAAACCAGGUAUGACCCGUGAUGACCUGUUCAACACCAAUGCUAGCAUUGUUGCUAAUUUGACAUCUGCCUGUGCAAAGCACUGUCCAGAAGCCAUGAUCUGUAUUAUUUCUAACCCGGUGAAUUCAACCAUCCCAAUAACUUCAGAAAUCUUCAAGAAGCAUGGUGUGUAUAAUCCCAACAGAAUCUUUGGUGUUACAACACUGGACAUUGUCAGAGCAAAUACUUUUGUGGCUGAGCUAAAGGGUUUAGAUCCAGCUCGAAUAAGUGUUCCGGUGAUUGGUGGCCAUGCAGGGAAGACUAUCAUCCCUCUGAUCUCUCAGUGCACACCGAAAGUGGACUUUCCUCAGGAUCAGCUGGAAAAGCUUACGGGGAGAAUUCAGGAAGCUGGCACUGAAGUUGUCAAAGCUAAAGCAGGAGCAGGAUCUGCCACCUUGUCUAUGGCCUAUGCUGGUGCUCGAUUUGUAUUCUCUUUGGUGGAUGCAAUGAAUGGAAAGGAGGGGGUUAUUGAAUGUUCCUUUGUUCGAUCAGAAGAGACAGAGAGCCCAUACUUCUCUACACCUCUGCUACUCGGAAAAAAUGGAAUUGAGAAGAACCUAGGUAUUGGCAAGAUCUCCCCCUUUGAAGAGAAGAUGAUUGCUGAGGCCAUGUCUGAGCUGAAGGCUUCUAUUAAGAAGGGAGAGGAAUUUGCAAAGAACUUCAAGUGAAGAGUUGAUGAUGGAGAGGAAUUGCAACUUCCUUAAUUUAUUAAGGCAUCAUGUCACUUUACGACUUCUGAUUCAAAGCUCAUGCUUUGGCUGAAGUUUGUGUUAGUUAAACGAUUGUCGCCAAUGCAGAUUCUAAUCAUCAAUAAAACAGCCUCAUUUUUUUCAGCGUACCAA